AUGGUGUCGACGAGACAAAUGAGUAGUAUAGGAGGAGGUGGGAAUGGAAGUAGUGAUGGUGCCGGUCCAUCUCAUGCGGAACCUGUCACCGUGGCGCGCGUGACCCGUCAUUCGAGUGCUCAACUUCCAGGGGGUUCGUCUCCUCAUGGAAGUUCAAAAAACUCGGUAAUACCUACACCCAAGACCUUCAAUACAAACCUUAUGGAUCUACCAAUUGAAGUGAUGGAAAAGAUUUUUCGUUAUGUGGGAUUCAAAAAUGUAUCGCAUCUCAGACUGGUCAACAGGCAGUUUAACAAUAUGUGCAGUAGCAUUUUGAAUUCCACUUUUCAAAGAUUACAAAACCAAAUGCUCCAUCGUUUUCAAGCAAUCAAGGCAAAGAUGCCCCGUCGAGAGUCCGCCAGGAGGAGUCAUCCUCUUGCCUGUGAAUCUGAUAUUAUUGAAACAUUACAUAUGAGACUUAGUUUAUUGCAAAUGACCUUAGGAAAGCACAUUGAGAGGAAACAUUGCUGUUUCUUUCCCGGAGAGAUAUUAGAUGAAGUGUAUAGUAUUUUAUCAUAUUUAAAAACAACAACAAAGUUAGCAAGACCAUACAAAGUAACAGAUGAGUUGUUUGACCUGACUACAAUGGCCAUGGAAUAUUUCAAAGAGCAUAUUGAACCCAAUUUGCCAGAAAUUACAUACUUUGGCACAGAUUUCUUUGAUAUCACAACUGCCUUCUCGCCGGGUGAGAGCAGUAAAUCGUACCUAUGUCUCGAUUCUCCACCAGCGAGUGGGUUCGAGUCUUCCUCGCAACAGGCAGGCGGGAAUUCUUCGGGCGAUCGCCGCGUGUCCUCUCUAAAUCUCUACAUGGAGGAAAGCCUGCCUCCAUCUCCUCCACCACCACAGAGCAACAUGGUGCUAAGGAAACGGAUACAUCGCAUCAAGCAGGGAAUGAAAAAAUACAAUGAUCAGUUGUCAGCCUUGCGCAGUGAUUUACGUAGUUGUAAGCGGAAAACUGCGUUACAACAGAAGCAAAUCGCCGAACAACAGAAGCAGAUAGCGGAACAGCAGAAACAGACUCUGGAAUAUGCUAACCGGUUGGACGAUUAUGACAAGAAGAACGAGGAAACCAGCCGCAAAUUUCAGACUCUAUUGCAGGAGCUGAAUAAGUGCAAGACAGAAUUACAGUACUGGCGUUCCCGUUCUCCGGCCGUUCCGCCUCUUUGUGCUGAGUGCGGUGCAUCACUACGACUGUCGCCUGUUGCGGCGCUUGCGCAGUGGCCAUCGGGCUCUAGCUCUGAAGCCAGUGUGGAAGCGAGUGGCAGUAAGGAGCCUGUCACUAGCGUCAUCGAAACUCCCACAGAAAUUCCCCUAAAAACUGAACAGAAGUCGGAGGCGAGUAGUGGCGAAGAAACGGCCGCUAGCACACCGCCGACUCGUCGCAGGGCGUCAGCCGAUGCCGCAUCUGCAACACCGGACCGUAAGAAGCGUCGCCUUACUCGCCCAAGGAAACUCUGA